AACAUUAAAAAAUUUCGAUUAGAAAUCUCUCUGAAAUCAAUUGAUUAAACGAUGAUGAACGGAUUCGGUAUCAAGAAUAAUGGCGAAUUUUAUUCGGUUAGCUUACAAUUUGGAGCGCACAAGCUAUGUGGAAGUGGGAGAUUUUCAAACGUUUAUUGUGGUCAAAUGAUAUCUCCAAUUGAAAAAGAGGUCGCCGUGAAAAAUGUGUGGUCUGAUACGGAAACACGUCACCUAGCAACUAGUGAAUAUCCGGAAAUUCAAAUUUUAUCGAAACUUUUUCAUCCGGCCAUUUCGAAUCUUUUGUAUUUUUACUCGAGAAAUGCGAAUGACAAGGUAAUAAACUGCCUUGUUCUGGACUAUUUACCACAGGACCUGGCAAGAUUAAGAGAUCAAGGUGUGAAAUUCGAUGUCCUCGACGCAAAGCUCUACACUUUUCAAUUAUUCUGUGCAAUCAGUCACUUAACUUCAAAAAACAUUGUUCAUAUGGAUAUAAAGCCUCAAAAUGUUGUCAUGGAUCGCAUGGCGGGACGUUUGAAACUGGCAGAUUUCGGAAAUGCGAGACGACUUGAGACAAAUGAGAAGACAGGAAGUGCCUAUCAGGUCACAAGAUUCUAUCGACCGCCCGAACUUCUUUUUGGAUGCGAAAAAUUCACCGCGUCUAUCGAUAUUUGGUCAGCAACUUGUGUGGCGUUUGAACUUUUCGCUAAUCGAGUUCUUUUUAAAGGAAAGGACACUAAAGAUCAGAUUGUGUUGAUAACUGGAGUUUUCGGAUAUCCUACAGACGAUGAUAUUAAAAGCAUUGGAGUAAAAAGGCCUAGAGUUGCAAGAAAAGAUGCGAGAGGAAUAGAAACGUUCACCAGCAAGAUGCUCGACUCGGAAAUCUACGAUUUCAUGAAAGCAACACUGAAAAUCGAUCCGAAAAAGAGAAAAUCCGCGAUUGACGUGCUGAAAAUGCCCCUUUUCGAUAUUCUACGAUCGAGUCCACCGAAGAAGCGAUCAAACGGAGUUGAGAUGCCAAAUCUCGCGAGUUAUACGGAAAUGCAUCACAAAAGGGAGCCGGAAACGGAAGUGGUGGCAGAUAUUCAGACAACUGAAAAGGCUGAAAAGGAGUCGGAUUCGACGAAUGAAGAAUUGGAGGAUUAGAGAACUUUUCGAGAAGUCUACCGUUGUAGUUUUCGAAAUAGUAAUUUAUUUAGUGACGUUUAUAAAGGUUUACAUGAUU